GGGGUCAAUCUGCGCAGAGCAGCGCCCAUCCCGGCGCCCACAACAUUCGCUUUAAACACCCGCAUCUAUCUCGGACCAUGCAGAUGGCGUCUCCUGAUGAGGGUUCUUCCAACCUUGCGCCAGCACGCAAGAAGCGGAUUCCGAAAGCCUGUGGGUCAUGCAGAUCGUCAAAAGUCAAGUGCGAUGGACUCCGGCCAUGUUCCCGAUGCCGCACCUUGCUAAAGACAUGCGAGUUUGUCGAGCGCCCCAAAGACCCCUAUGAAGCUCGAAGCCCUGGAAAAGGAAAUUGAAUACCUAAAGGCGCAGCUAAGCAAUCCCUCAAAUCCAGGGUCAAGUUCUAUGCCGAGCCCGCAAAGCUGGUCUGCGACGCGGUUGGAGGAAGAUGUUAGGUCGAGUUCUGGGGGGCAAAGAAUCGAUAUGGCCAGUCCCGGACAGGAACAAACGGUGAGCGCCGCGCCUCCUGCACCCAUUUUCAGGGUCGCUCGAGCUACUCCUGAAACCGCACCGCUGGAGGACACAGCGCCUUCUCAAAUCGUUGUCACCUCUGAGACAGGGACCACGGGGUCUCGGAAGAGGAGCAGAGCGCACUUCCAGGCAAGCACACCGCUUACGUACUCCAACCUAGACCCCAUCAGCACCGGCUUGAUUACGCUCGAAGACGCCGAAUCCUAUUUCAGCACUUUUUUUUCUGGCUGUGAUCGAUACGUGCCCGUUUUCUGUCCGCUGUCCGACAGCUUCGAGAGCGUCCGGUCUCGGAGCUCGGUUCUUCUCAGCGCCAUUUGCUCCGUCGGAUGCCGCAUCCUCACCGGUUCCGAGUCGCACCAUAGCCGUGCUCUCAACUUGCACACCCAGCGCAUUAUCAACGCUGCAGUCGCCGCGGCGCCUAUCCCAGGAAUGUCGUGGGACUGUCUCGAGACCGUGCAGGCGCUCCUUGUCAGGGCUUGUUAUGCGCCGGAGCGGUCGCUGUUGAUCGCCUUGGCCACCCGCAUGGCAUUGGAGAUCGGUCUCCCAGAAGCUUAUGGCGAUCUCUGCACCCGUUGCCUAGCUAACCCCCCGACUAGAAGCCAGGGUGGCUCCAAAUGCUCUGACGGAUCCGCAACUGCUCCCGGAGAAGUGGACGAGAACGAUGCAACUUUGAUGCGGAAGACUCGAACAUGGUUGCACCUGGUGAUGAUGGGACAGAUCUUGCACGUCGACGCCGGUGGACCCCCAGGUUUCCGGCUUAGGGGCGCCGCUCAGCGAUGUCGAGUAUUGAUCAACGGCCCCUCAUCAACGGGGAUGGAUUUGUACCUCAUUUCCCAAGUGGAACUCAAUGCAAUUCGGGCCCGGAUCUAUUCGACGUUCUCUCAGUACGCUCAACAACGCCCCCGGGAGCACGAUGAUGACGAGAUCAUGGAAAUGCUGGCCGAUGCGCGGAUCGAUAUCAACGUUUGGUUCGAGGACUGGACGCGCAUCUACGAGAAACAUCAAACACAAAUGCCUUGGCUCAGCCCGAACCUCGCCGUCCAGAGGUGCUGGGCGGACAGCAUGGCAAUGUGUGCCGCGCUCAAGGCCACGGGAAUCGAAGACGUCAGUGCCAUGUCCUCUGCCGGAAAGGAAAUCUUGCGCAUGGCCAAGCAGGCGUUGAGGCAGCACCUCGACAUCAUCCUAGAGGAGCCACGGCUAUAUUUGCGCGACAUCCGGUACGCGAUGGACUUUGUAUGGGCCAAGAAUGCGUUCUGCUACCUGCUACUCCUGAAACUGGCCGUCUUGUUGCCAGAAGACGGUUUGCACAGCUCGUCUGUCUUCAACGACGAUUUGAUUGAGAAAGGCCGGAUGCUGGUGGACGAGCUAAGCAAAUCUGAGGGAGGACUCGGGGGCUCGGCGCGCAACAACACUGCUAGCGCCUACCUGCAUCUCAUCCGGGUCAGCAUUGACAAGUUUAGCAAAGCGGUGAGAUCAUGGAGACAGAACAAUGCUUCUCACGGGUUACUCGGGGAGCCAAACGCUCUGAACGAUGGCGAAUUCUCCUGUCCGGGACCGGAGAGAGCAAACGAGCCUGCUAAAGAAGGCCAACACGAGCUAGAGUCCUUUGUCCCUGAGCAGUUUGUGUUCGAGUGGGAUUUUCCAGGGCUCACGUGGUUCUCAUCGCUAGCACACGAGACCAGCUGGCUGGACAACAUGUUAGGGGGGGUAUUUGAUGGCAGCGAGACCUUCGACAUGUGGGGAUAUACAUCGCAGGACUAUUAUGCUUCUUGAUGAGAUCUCUGGUCUUUGGCGGACAUGGACAUAGGUAGCUCUUUAGGAGGUCGCGUUGAGGAUGGAUCAUGAUCCUGUGAAAGAGGCAGUCCUAAUGAUGGGUAGGGGGUAGGUGGGAGGUCGCCAAUCCAUGGAUCUACUAAAUAAUACACUCAUUCCUCCCCAGUGAAGCUAAUGGCCGCG